UGAGUAAAAUAGGAGUGGAAAUAACACAAAGUAAUCAAAAAAGUAGGCUACGGUACUAAAUGUGUUUGCUGAGUUUCUGAAUCUCUAGGAUGUCAUUCCUGGGCUAUACAGCUCUGCUCUUAUGUUGGAUGUAUUGUACUGCAGAAAGAGCUUGUAAAGAACCUCCUCCUAGGAGGGUUAAAGAAGUGCCUACUGAAAGAUGGGACAAGCCUCCCUAUCCACAUGGUACUCAAGUAACAUACAGAUGUAGGCCUGGAUAUAUAAAACUUGGACGAAUUGUGUUUGAGUGUGCUGAUGGAGCAUGGAAGCAACAUCUCCCAGGGGCAGAAUGCAGAAGUAAGCCCUGUGGACAUCCUGGAGAUACUGAGUUUGGUUCCUUUGAACUUACCAGUGGAAGUGAAUUUGUAUUUGGUGCCAGAGUUGAGUACAGAUGUAAUGAUGGAUACCGGAUGCUCAGCCAAAGAAAUUACCGUGAGUGUCAGGCAGAUGGAUGGAGCAAUGACAUCCCUCACUGUGAAGUGGCAAAGUGUUUACCUGUACAAGCACCAGAAAAUGGAAGAAUAAUUAUGACUGGUGCAUUUGAGCUAGGCCGAGAAUAUUCCUUUGGCCAGGUUGUAAAUUUUGAAUGUAAUGCAAAAUACAGGCUUGUUGGAUCUAAAGAAAUAAUUUGCUCUUCUAAUGGAAAAUGGAAUAGUGAUGUGCCUCAGUGUCAAGAGAUUAUCUGUGAUGUGCCAAAAAUUCUGCAUGGAUAUGUACGUUCUCCAAAGGGGUCUUACAAGGAAUCUGAACAACUACAGUUUGGCUGUGAUGAAGGAUACAGAUAUGGUGAAAGAGCAGAUGUACAAUGUACUGAAUCAGGAUGGAAUCCAACCCCUCAUUGCACUGCCAUUAUGUCAAGAAUUGUGUACCACAUAGAUUUGAAGCUCACUAACCCUAAGAACCAUGGACACGAGUUGUUGGUGUACACGAACUGCAUCUGCCUGUACUAUCAGAGACACUUUAUUCAACGGGCAAUUGGUUUUCCCACCGCCAAUACACUUGCUGACGAGAAACCAUGUGACUACCCAACUAUAGAAAACGGCAAGUUAAGUGAAUAUAUGGAGAACUACAAAAGCUAUUACUUUCCAAUGAGGUUUGGGCAGCAAAUUGAUUACUCCUGCAAUAAUGGUUAUUCAACCCCCAGUGGAGAAUCCUGGGUUCCCAUGGUCUGUUCUGAAAGGGGCUGGUCUCCAGAGCCAAAAUGCCUCAAAAAAUGUCAUGUCGGCCGGGUGGAAAAUGGUUAUUUCUCACGUAGCUGGAAGCGUGUUUACACGGAAGGUGAAAAAGUUAAAUAUGGCUGCUACGAUGGCUAUCAUAGUGAACGUGAAGAUGGGGAAGUCACAUGCACAAAGGAUGACUGGUCACCUCCUCCGAGAUGUAUCCGUAAAAAAAAAUGCAUGAAUACCCCUUUUGACAACGGUCGUUUCGCCUUGGGAAAGAACGCAUUUUAUUUACAGGAGAAGGUCACCUAUGGUUGUGAUACUGGCUUUGUAACUCCAGAAGGACAAGAAACAGGAGUGAUACAGUGUCAAGAGAAUGGCUGGACUCCACCUCCAAAGUGUAUCAAAGACAAAAUGCCAUGUGGAUCACCUUCUUCUAUUCCGAAUGUUAUUCUUCAUCAGGAAGACCAGAUGCAGUUUUCGCAUGGCGAUGAAGUAAUUUGUGGAUGUAAACAAGGCUCUGGCAAUUCUGAGGAAAUGAAAAUAAAAUGUCUUAAUGGGGAAUGGAAGCCUUUACCUCUUUGUGCUGAUCCAUCUCCUCAGUGUGUAAUUCCAAGGGAUGUUGAGCGUGUGCACAGCAGUCGUUUUUCCAAGGCAAAAAAGAGGACUGGGUUCCAUGGAGUUAUACAUUAUAUAUGUAAAUCAGCUGACAAAAGUAUUAAACAGGCAACUUGUGUGUCUGGAAAAUGGUCACCAGAGAUUGAAUGUACAGCUGAGGAGAGCACAUGCCCACCUCCGCCUCAGGUGCCUGGUGCUCAACAGAUAACAGUUGGAAGAAAUUACAAGAAUGGGAGUAAAAUAGCUUUUUCGUGUCUGAAGGGUUUCCAGCUCAUCGGUGUGAAUGAAAUAACAUGUAUGGAUGGGAAAUGGCAAUCACCACCUCACUGUGUGGAAAGACCAUGUUUGCCACCACAACCCGUAGAAUGUGCUGAUGUUCCCAGGCUGGAAAAUCAAAACUUAAAAAUUAGAAAAGAAGGGAAAACAAUUUAUCUGGCUGGUGCCAGGUUUAAGUAUGUUUCUCGUUCUGGAUACACGUUAGAUGGACCAUCGGAGAUAACUUGUUCUCUGGGAAAGUGGACUUCAUCUCCUACAUGCUUGGAAAUGCCAUGUGGAAGUAUUCCAAAAGUUGCCAAUGCUCAAAUUGAAGGCAGAAACAAGGAAAUGUAUGAGCCUGGUGAAACAAUUCGCUACCAGUGUGAUGCAGGGUUCCUGAUUGUUGGUCCCCCCGAAAUUAUUUGCAGAGCAGGAAAUUGGACAGCACCGCCCUUCUGUGAAGAUGUGAGCUGUGGAGCCGCACCUGAAAUUCCUAAUGCUUAUAUUACAAGCACUCGCCAGGAGAGGUAUCUGCCUGGUGCCAGAGUGCAGUAUGAAUGUGAAAGCAAUUUUCAAAUGAUGGGUGGAAAUUAUGUCACUUGUAGAAACAGAGAAUGGUCACAAGCACCAAUCUGCAGAGAUGUGACAUGUGAACCUCCUCCAGAAAUUGCGGGUGGUAAAGUUCAAGGUGUUAAAAAGUCAAGGUAUUUGCCUGGGGAGAGUGCUCACUACCAGUGCUGGCAAGGUUUUCAGAUGACUGGCACUUCCACCGUCGCGUGUCAGAAUGGGACCUGGACAGAGCUGCCCAAGUGCAAAGGGAAAGGUGGGAAAUGUGGCCCGCCUCCAGUUAUUGAAAAUGGAGACCUUCUUUCCUUCCCCAUGCAAGAAUAUCCACAAGGUACAACUCUGGAAUACAAAUGCCCCAGUCUCUACGUCCUGGAAGGAUCUCAGUAUAUCACCUGUACUGGUGGGCAGUGGACAAGCCCCCCAGUUUGCCUAGAUCCUGAGGGCAUCACUUGUGCAGCAGCACUUGUGCUGGGGCUGCGAUGCCGGCAGGGCAGAACAACGACGUGUCCCUCUUCAGUCCAGAAGGAGUUUCUUCCUGAAGUUUGCUUCUGUAGUCCCCUCUGCUGCCUGCUGUCUCUCGCCACCACGGCGGGUUUGGGAGGAGGGGAGUUUGGCUGGACACCCCUGUGUGAGGGGAUUGCCAUCACUGUGCAGGGCUCCCGAGUUGGGGACGCUGCUACG